AUUGGAAAUGCGUAAAAAACUGUGGUUGAAAGAUAAUGGUGCUUGUACUUAACGAAUUGGUAGUAGGUACGCCAGCAUUUGACGACUUUCUGCGGAGCCAAGUCAACGAAGGCUAGGCGACCCGGUAUUCUCUUAAUAAGAGGGUCUGGUUUGUUUGAAUACCGGAAUCUUCCAUCCUAAUGACCGCAUUGGACAUACUGAGGGGACGGGCGAUCGCAAUAUGUUCGUGUGGGUUGUACAUCCUUUACCCAGUCAGUUCCGACACUCCCUAUCGAGCAUAUAUAUCGUCUUCUCGUAGCCCUCCUUGACCAACUAUCUUCAUACAGCUUCCAACGUAUUCUAUUCUCACUCCUAUCCUGCCUCUUCGUGUAGGUAGAAACCAGCCUAAUUUCCUUUUACUUGGACCAGGUAGUCCCGGAAGCCCAAUAUCCAACCCAGUUUCCUGUCAUUGUGCAGUUGUAGCAUCAUGAAGAACUUUGGCGCAAUCGUAUUCCUCUUAGCUUCGGCCGGCUCUCUCGUGACGAGUACGCCAGCAUUCAGAAAUGAGAGCCGAGUUGUUUCGGCUGACUCCGCUCAUAUCGCAGCGCGAGCACUAGAGCUUGUGCCUCGAGUUAGAGUUGGAAGUAGGUCAAACGAGACGGAGACUCCAGCCAGGUUUUUAGGGAUCCCCAGGAGCGCGAAUUCCACGGACGAAACUGCGGUUGGCUCUCUUGUCACACGUAGGAAUGGAAACUUCUCUGAAGUUGCAACCGAGAAACUGUCCGCCGCUCCACACUUAAGACGAGGAAAAUUCGGAUUUCGCUCUGCGUCGAACGAGACCGAUGCUUAGAUACUAGAUGAAGCAAAGAUACUAGGCAAUCUGUGGGCUGGGGGAAGACAAUGUAGGAGGAAUAUCAUCGAGGACACCGCUCGACUUGGACUGGUUUUCAGGAUAGAUUUUACCACAGGUUGGAUUAUAUUAAUAUAGCUAGUGUUAUACGGUUAGGUUCUCGGUGUUCCUCUCAAGUUGCUAUGCAGGUUCGCAGAUGUGGUAUUGACAGACAUCGAAGCACUAGAAAUUAAAUUACGCUAUCGAGUCCGAACCAUAGUGGACGUGAGGUUAGGUUAGUAGGUACCUAUAUAA